UCAAGAUCGCUGUCGUCAUUCUUGAUUCUGCCGUCGACUAGAGGGAGACAUGUUGGCGCUGGCAUCGUUCGUCUGCACAACUCUACUGGGCCAAGCGCUGGGGAUGCCAAAUCCAAAGGCUAAUCCUGCAGCAGUCGUCUUAGCUGGCCACGCUCGCUUCACAGUUCUGACGUCGCAGCUCAUUCGACUGGAGUGGAGCUCUGUCGCAUCGGAGUUUCGCGAUGUCGCCACCGUCGUUGUCAACAAUCGCGCGCUUCCCGUGCCGACAUAUCAAGUGACGACAAAGGGCGAAUGGGUCGAAAUCACGACCGACACAGUGCAUUUGCGCUACGACACAAGCAGCACUGUGUCGUUUUCUGACGCGAAUUUGCGCGUCGAAGUUUCAUCUGUCUCGAGCAAGAACAACACGGUCACGUGGACGCCCUCCUUGACCGACAAGGACGACAAGCGCCUGUUUGGGUCGUUGCGCACGCUGGACAUGACGAAUGGCACUGUCAACUUGGAUUGCAAUGCGGGAGGUCCCGACACGAUCGCCGAUUCGCAUUGCACGUACGGGCUCAUCAGUCGAAGCGGCUACGUUGUCGUCGACGAUUCUUUGAGCUCUGAGCUCAACAACGAUCCGUGGCCGUGGGUUGUCGAAAAGACCCCAACACCUGCCGCGGGUUGCGCGGCCAUUCCUGCCCAUGAACGCCGCGUAUGUGGAUACAACAUCGUGACCCAGGACCAAUGCGACGCAAACGGUUGCUGCUUCGACAACUCGGCCUCCCUCCCGAACGGAUUCAUGUGCUACUACGGCACGAAAGCAUACCAAGAUUUGUACUUUUUUGGCCACGGUCUCCAGUACAAGCAAGCUUUGAAGGACUUUACGCGGAUUGCUGGGGCCAUUCCUCUUCCUCCGAAGUACGCCUUGGGUGUGUUUUACUCUCGAUGGUGGGCGUACAACGACGUCGACAUCGACGAGAUCGCGAGCGAGUACCAUACCCGGUCCAUUCCCCUUGACGUGAUCGUGCUCGACAUGGACUGGCAUUUGACCUUCUACAAGAAUAACUCGGCCGAUCAGAGUGGACAACCCAAGGGGUGGACCGGGUACACGUGGAACAACGAGUUGUUUCCGGACCCGAACGCCUUCUUGACCCACUUGCACGACCUCGGACUUUACGUGACGGUCAACUUGCAUCCAGCGUCCGGCGUGCAGCCGUGGGAAGACUCGUACGAUGCGAUGGCACGAGCGAUGGGGGUCGACCCAGCCACGAAACACUACAUUCCAUUUGACUUGACCAACAAAACGUUCACGACCAACUGGCUCACGCUGUCGCUCAAACCGCGGGAAGACGAAGGGGUCGACUUUUGGUGGCUCGACUGGCAGCAAGGCGAAGACUGGUUUGUCGCCCACCAACAGGCGUCCCCAAACCUGAACCCGACGCUCUGGCUCAACCAUGUCUUCUUCACAAACCCGUUCCACUGGACUGAAAAGCGUCCUGUGUUGCUCCAUCGGUUUGGCGGCCUCGGCAACCACCGGUACCCCCUCGGGUUCUCUGGCGACGUCGUCCCGUCGUGGGAUUCAUUAAAGUUCCAGCCGUAUUUUACAUCGAUGGCGGCGAACGUCGGGUUUACGUAUUGGAGUCACGACAUUGGCGGGUUUCAGCAAGGCCACAACGCCGAGCUGUUCACGCGAUGGAUUCAGUGGGGCGUGUUCUCGCCCGUGCUGCGCACGCACUCUCAAAAGGACCGCGUGUCGGACCGCCGCAUUUGGACGUACCCGACCACCCACUACGAAAUCAUGCGGCUCUACAUGAACCUGCGCCGUCAGUUGGUGCCAUACAUGUACACCCAGAGUCGCAUCACGCAUGAGACGGGACUUGGCCUCUUGCAUGGUCUGUACUACGAAUGGCCAGAGCUGGACGAAGCGUAUUCCUUCUCGCAUCAAUACGUAUUUGGUUCAGCGUUCAUCGUGGCCCCGAUCUUGACGCCUGUCGAUGCCAAGACGCAACUCGCACACCAAACCGUGUGGGUUCCCCCUGGUGUCUGGUUCGAUAUGACCCUUGGGUCGUUGAUUCAAGGGCCGACUGAAUAUUCCCAUGCGUACGCCUUGAACGAAGUCCCGUGGUUUGCCAAGGCCGGCAGCAUCGUUCCAUUCGGCCCACGAUCCACUCGAACGAGCCUCGGGCAAGCGCAGACAUCCCCGACCGCGCUGACGCUGACCAUUAUUCCUGGCGCGUCCAGGGGAAGUGGCAGUCUCUACGACGACGCGGGCAACUCAAACGCGUACUUGAACGGCGAGCACACGUGGACGCAUUUCACGUACCAAGCCCACGGCGACAGCGAUGCUCAAGUCACGAUUCACCCAGUCAAUGGAACGUUUGACGGGGGCCAUCGCCCCACCCGUCGCCAACAUUACGUUGUAGAAUUCCGCCAUGCUGCUCCAGCACACACCGUCCAAGUCAACGGCCAGGACGUCAAGUUUGUUUCGUUCGGCGACACUGCUCAUCUUGGGUGGACGUAUGAAGCAAACCGACUGACCGUGCGCGUGCAUUUGGACGCUGAUAUCGCUGCGACCACAACGGUAAAAGUGGAAUUUGCCACGUCGUCCGGCCCCAAAGUGUCUUGGAAUGGCGUGGUCGGAGGCAUCGCCCGCCUCCAACAGGUCAAGACCCUCCUGGAUCUCCAAUUUGCGUACGCGGAAGACUAUCCGUACCUGCGCCACGCGUAUGGAAUGAGUCGUCGAAUUCAGUACAACCUGGCGUCGUUCUUCCACGAGGUGGCGCUGUGGCCGCAGUGGAUCAAACUAGCGGUCGGCGAAGUUGCCAAGCUGAAAAUCGAUCCCAAAGUGCAAGCUCAAAUCCUUCAUCUCCUCGAAGAUUCUGUCGGCCACACGACACAUCAUGGACCACCUCUGCGGUCCAUCGAUUUCGACGACGUCGUCGUUGCCGACGCGUUCAUUUUCAACUAGAAAGUGUUGCGACAUGCCCGCUCGUUCGCCACGACAGUUGAAUCUCGUGUACAUAUACAGCACUUGAAAGUUUGCCA